AUGCCUGCAGACAGUCUACUAGACAUCUGCAUUCGUGCCUGCGCGAAGCGACGGGCAUUCCUCCCCUCUGUCGGUGACUUGCCAUAUGAGUUGGUACGUCCGAUUCUCGCUAAAAUCGAGUCUCCGGAGCACUUGCAUCAAAUUGAACAAGCCUCACCCCAAAUUGUUGGUGAAGACGCUGAAUUAUGGCUCAACUUUAUCAAACGAGACAUCCCAGAUUGGCAUCUCAAACCCCACCAACCUGCAAACCCGAAGAAUUGGUACAAGGUGUACCGUAAACUGCAAGCAGACAACCAACGCUCGCGUGCCCAGACGGAAGAGGACCUCAAAGCCGCAUUCGCCAACAUUCAGAGUGAGAAAGAGCGCAACACCACGAUCAUCGCUAAGAGACAACAUCUCCCCCUCCAGACACCAUCGAGAAAGGCCGUGAUCCACUGGAACUACAUCAGCGGCAAGACAGGCAGCAAAGGUGCACACAAGAUGACGCUAAUGGAGAAGAUCCGAAAAGAGACUCGGAAUGCGAGAAUAUCGAAGAUGAAGAGACCUACGCAUGAGUUGCAGAAGAGAGCCACCACGGUCAAGACAGCGCCGCUGGCAUUUGUAGAGGAUGUGAAGCGCAAGGCUGAGGCAGCAAGACCACUUCCACCACCUCAAUCUCCUCCCACUAGAGGGGCUGCUGCUACCACUACUCCAACGAGGAUGUCCGCAAGGCCGACAGCGCCGCGAACUUCGAGACCGCCAAUGCAUGCCCCAAAACCCAAAGUGCAACCGCUUCACCAAUCCUACGAUCUCACAGCAGAUAGGGAGGCAAGGCUGCGUGCACUGAAACUCGGUGGCCCUCGCCCUACUCCGCCGACGCCAGCGUCGGCUCCAACAGUACAGCAGAGGGCGCCAGGAGGAGGUGGAUUGACGGCGAACUUUUUGGAAGACUCUGACGAUGAGGAUGACCGACGAGUCCAGCAACCACGGAGGGGCCUGAAAGCCAACCACGACGAUCGACGUCCGCCCUCUACCAACGCAGUGGCUGACAGACCACCCCAAGGCCAAACACUUAAGAGGAAACAACCCCCGUCAAUGUUCAUGUCGACUUCAAAGAGAGUUGCGAGACCAAUAGGAUAG